AUGCAUCAAUUUUUGGGCGAAACAAGUGCUGAGUUGAUCUUCGAUCGGGACGAUUACAUUCAGCCACCGCGUGACGAUGAUAACACAAAUUUAGAGUUAAAUGGUGAUGGAUUGGCAGAGAAAUUCGAGUUUUACUUGAAAAGUAAAAAUGUUUCGAAAUUCGAUCAGGUUUCAGUCAUUUUACAAGGUUUCUUGCCAGUUUUCCGUUUAAGAGCCGGCGAAUUCGAGGCAUUUGCUGAGAAGCUUAAAAAUGGGAUUUUAGCGUUCGGUUUAGAGGAAAUCACUGACGAAUCACCGGAUUCUUUGAAACUUUGCCAAAGUUUUGCCGAAGUCACACAAAAAUACUCAACAAUUCCGAUUUUGGAGUUUAGUACUAGAACGGGAGCGCUUGAGGAUUGGAAAUUCCCGGAAAACGAUCAAACAACAUGGUUUAUGAGAAGGAAAAUGUUGGAAAAGGACAGAAUUUGCAUGGUUUCGGUGAAUGAAGAAGAUCAACAAUCAAUCGUUCAGAUACAGCUUUUGAUGAAAGAUUUUGACAAAAACGAUGCAAAAAAUGGU